AUGGAGCUGGAGCCCAAGAAUCAGGAGCUGAACCUGGACCUGGGGCUGGAGCCGUCGAGCCCACCGGAGCCAGCCCGGGUGUUCUCGUGCCACUACUGUCAGCGCAAGUUCUGCACCUCCCAGGCGCUGGGGGGCCACCAGAACGCCCACAAGCUCGAGCGAAGCCUGACCAAGAGGAAGCGGGAUCUGGGACUGGCUGCGCGCCAACAUGCCAGCUCGAGCCAUUGGGAGGUGCCCCGCUCAGGCUCGGCUGGGCUCGAGAGGAGGGAGGAGGGGGCAGCGAUGGCAGCGACAAGGGCGGCGAGCUAUGAUGAGAGGGAUAGCAAGGAAGAGCUCGCCCAAGAAAUUGAUCUGUCCCUGAGGCUUUGA